UAGAAGUAAGUAAUUAAAUUUAGUUAGUUGAAAACGAAGUGUUGCAUUGCCAAUAGCAGUCGCUGGUUCUCAACUCGUACCAGGGACAAGGUUGCUUCAAGAAAUCAACUCCAAUCGUGCUAUGGAGCUGCUGAACUCGUCCACAGCCAAAUACCCCGACUGGACUGGCUGGACACUUGUUCAGCCUUGCAUAUCGGUGGGUCAUGUGGGGCAGCUUGCCGUCGAUGUGUUGAUCACGUCGCUACGAGCACAGCGCAUCACGUCUCUCUACCAUCCAGCCCUGUAUCCUGUAGCUGGUGUGGGCGCUUAUGAUCAUGUAGUCGAACAGGAGAACGCCUCACUCAACACCUCACUAGAAGUGUAUGCGUGUAAUGAGAAGAAGGUCGUUCUGAUGCAGCAACGGUCGCCAUGCAUUCCCGGUAGGCAGGCUGAAUUCUGCAACAACCUCAAGGAGUGGAUCGAAGCACGGAACUUCCAGCAAGUUGUGAUUCUCUCCAGUUUGGAUAGUCAGGCUCGCGUCGACAUGCAGCUUCAAGGUGAUCAGUUCCGGUACGUACACAAUUCAACGGCAGAGGAUCGCCAGGCGUCAUUGGAUGAUACGCCGACGCCGGCUUCUCUGAAGUGGCCGGCUCUGGAGGCUGUCGUCGUCUCGUCCGACACACCAGCCGGCAGCGGUAACAUGCUGGGCAGCGGCUUGGCAAAGCGGCUUCUAACAUCAUUGACCGAAUCGGGUAUAGCUACCACUGUGCUACUACCGUUCUGCCAACCCGGCAUGCAAUGCAGGGAAGCGUUGAUGGCUACGUAUCGACUCAACCAGUGGCUGCAUAUCAUUCCGGAUGAGAAUGGUGGCAUACGCUGGCCGAAAUCCUGGGAUGCUAUCCUUCCUGGUUUGAGCGAAGUCAUUCCAACGGUGUAAUGCGUGCUCUAGUCUUUACGGACUGCACCGAUGUCUGUUUUCCCAGUGAUGAUGUUCUGUAGACGAAUACAAUGAGUUCCACACAGCCAGCUCUCUCUCUCUCUCAUCGGUUCACUGUUAUAGUUACUUGCUGCUGUACAUGGCUAUCUGUUGCUGAUUGUGAGUUCUAUUUUCUCAGUUUUUCUCACAAUUUUAAUUAGAGUAUCAUUGUGUUGCGUAUUACUUGUGGGUUUUAAAACACUUCCUUUCGUUUUACAAGCAGAUUUCCCCAUGAUUUGAAACGUGUAGUGUGUCUUGGCUGUAGUUCAAUAUUAUGAUUUUGAUGUGUACAUACUAGUACUUGGAGCUUGUAAUAGUGAAAUUGUCCAUUCUUUUAUUGUUACUAUGGAUUUGUAACAUCUGCGCACAGCUGUUGUUCACCCAGCAGCAUUCGCAAGACAUUGUGCAUGCAUGUACAUGUACGUAGCAAUUGCCAAACUACAGUAGCAUAAUACAUUUUUGUGCAAUGUUUGA